AUGCAGAAUAACAAUCUCAAGAGUGUUAACAAUUCGUUCGUGUCGUCGGCGGGGAAUCUGAAAUGCCUUUACGCCCACCGGAUAUCCUAUGUGUUCGACUUGAAGGGACCGGCAUUUUUCGUCGACUCCGCCUGUGCUUCCAGUAUGACUGCAUUAACGCUAGCCUUUAAUGAUUUGAUUCAAGGUAAUAGUGAUUACGCGAUAGUGUGCGGCACUCAUAUGGCGUUCGAGCCCUUCAUUAAUCAAUGGCAACAAAUGUUCGGAAUGUGUUCUCCGAGAGGAGUGUCCGCAGUGUUUGACGAGUCGGCCGACGGCUACAUGAUUACGCGAUAG